AUUUGACAACAAAACACAUUUGUCGAGUCUUCAGACGUGGUCGUGUGAUUUCAAGCGCGUGUGUUCUUAAGAAACGGAUAUACAAGCCAAAUACAAAAACACACAUCCUUUCGAAGGACACUUUAGUAGAGUUGUGACGUGCUUAAGAAAUUAAAAGAAAAGAAAUCAUGAAUAGCAUUGCCUUUAUUGCUCUCUGCUGUUUUGCCGUAGUCUCGGCGCAACGAGGUCUGGUACCACGUCCCACAACCUUUGAAGGAAAUGCUGUGAUCCUUAAGCAAGAUUUCAAUUUAAAUCCCGAUGGCUCUUAUAACUACAACUAUGAAACAAGCAAUGGAAUACGUGCUGAUGAGGCUGGUUAUCUUAAAAAUGCCGGCAAUCCCCAACUGGAAGCUCAGGUGAUGCAAGGUUCAUACUCCUACACUGGUCCCGAUGGUGUGGUCUACACCAUCAACUAUAUUGCCGAUGAGAAUGGUUAUCGUGCUGAAGGUGCCCAUAUUCCCACACCACCACCGGUGCCCGCUGUUGGAGGUCCACGGGGUAGAUUCUUCUAAGUUAAUUUCCCACCUAAGCAAAUUUCUGCAGAAGAAUUAUGUUAACUGUACCCCAAACGGAAUAUAAAGAGAGAUAACUUUAGAAAUACUCAAACAACAACCACAACAACAACAACGAAAUAAAAAUCAAAUACAUGUUCUCAAGCAAAUAGUUGGCAAACGUUGCAAGUUUCCCCACAAGAGCGAAACACAAAUGCAAAGUGGCAACACUUGAAAGUAAAGCAAACAAAACACACAUACUUACCGCUAGACAACACCUAUCUACUAACCUAAACAAAUCUAACAGCCUAAAACAAAAUCAACAAAUGAACACACACACAAACAAACACAUGCACAGACAUACAUACAUCUAUGAUGAAAGAAAAGAACAAAAAAAAAAAACACUGAGACUCCUUCAAACUGGCUUGCAUCUAAUUUCCCUAACUGUAUGAAAAGUGGCAACGUGGCUUUUGUUGACUAUCUUCAUCUUCACCAUUUACAACACUUACUCAAGCACUUGUCUCCAAUCUUCUUGAUUCUGUACUUAAUUUUCUGGCUUUUUUUCUUCUACUUGUAUCUGUAAUGCCCUUCAAUAUCUUCUAACCAUUAUUGUGAUUUAAUUACUGGAAUUUAUCGAUUUUCAUAUAUAUUUUCUAUCGAUUUGUAUAUGUUUUAUUUAACAUUUAUCAAUUUGUUUAUGUUUCCCAAUUUAUUGUAUAUUUUUUGCCUUUUGUCUUUCUGUUAGUUAAUAAAACACAUUUCUUUUUGUAUUGUAAAUGAAAAUUGUUUUGUUUAUAGAAGUGAUUAAGAAAAAAAAAAAAAAGAAUGUGAGAAAAAAAAUUGUUUAAAUUAUUAUUUUUGUAUAAAUUUGUAAUAAGUUUGUUCAUUAUUCCAUUAAGUAUGGCAACUACGCAAUAAAAUAAACUUGCGUUAAGAAAACUUAAAA